AUAUAUAUAUUCCAAGUUCUCAAAAAAUAGGACCGGAGGCCAUAUUCUCUGGUGCUGCUUCUUCGGACGCGAUUUGCCUCCAUUGUCGUCUCCAUCCACACACACGAACUUUGUACCUCCACUGCAGCGAUCUACACACACAUCGAUUCCGAACAAUUUCUUAAUCAAAUCACUCCGCAUUUGAUUCCCUCUCUCAAUCACAUGCCGACAAACCCACCCUAAAACCCUCACAAUUCCACCGAAAUUCUCGCCCCCAACCCCCCAUAGCCUGUAGGGUUUCUCUCUCUCCUCAACCUAGCCUCAAUUCAAGCAUUGGCAUCAUCAUAUACUACCAGACCCAAAUCUAGGGUUUUGGUGAUCCCCCAAUUGUUCUGUUAUAUUUAUUUGAUUUGGGUUUGGUUCUUUCAUGGAAAAAGCUUCGAUUUUUAAUUAAUUGUUCGAUGAGCCGGAGCUAUGGUUUUCUAAGGCAUUCGUCAUUGAAUAAAAGGUCAAGGCAUUGGUGGUGGGUGGUGUGGUUUGGGGCCUGCAUUCUUUGUUAUAAACUGGAGUUCUUGAGAUGUCUGCUUUGAAUCGUAACGGAAUCAAUUUGAUCAACUGUUUCUUUCAUUUUUCUGAAUGGCAUCCAUUGGAAUAGAGAAGCCCAUUAGGGCUCGGGCCCAGAGACCUUCAUAAACUAGGUUUUGGGAUUGAGUUUGUCAUUUGUUGCUGUGAAAUAUAAUUUCUCUCUUCAAAACUGAAGUUUUUAAUGUUUAAAAGCUAUUCAUUUACGAGAGUGACCCAAAUGGGUUGCUGUGGAUGUUUUGGAUUUGCAUUCACAAGAAAGCCCAAGAGAUUAGCAAAGCGUAAUGCACACAUGGGCAAUCAUGCAUCACAGGAGUUGUUGUUGAAUGAAGAGAUUGAAGAUGAGGAUGAUUGUUCUUAUAAUGGUGAUGUAACUGAUACUGGAAAUGGAGAUGAUGCCGAGAUGCGAAGCCCAACGAAACGUUCUGAAGAGAUUAUCAUGUACAGAACUCAACAUGGAUUGAUUUGUAGAGAAUUUCCUGUUAAGGAAACCCACAGACUUAUUCGCUCAGAGGAUGAAGACGGAAACAAGAUGGUUAAUGAAUAUGUUCGUGAAUGCAAGAUUGGCUCUGGUAGCUAUGGAAAAGUGGUUCUGUACCGAAGCAGUGUUGAUGGGAAGCAUUAUGCAAUUAAGGCCUUUCACAAGUCCCAUCUAUUGAAACUGCGAGUAGCACCUUGCGAGACUGCUAUGACUGAUGUUCUACGUGAGGUUUUAAUUAUGAAAAUGUUGGAACAUCCCAAUAUAGUUAAUCUCAUUGAGGUGAUCGACGAUCCUACCACAGACCACUUCUACAUGGUUCUGGAAUAUGUGGAAGGCAAAUGGGUCUGUGAGGGUUCUGGUCUACAAGGUGGCCUAGGAGAAGACCAAGCACGAAAGUACUUGCGGGAUAUAGUUUCAGGGUUGAUGUAUCUUCACUCUCAUAACAUUGUACAUGGGGAUAUUAAACCUGAUAAUCUUUUGGUCACUGCUGGCAGCACAGUGAAGAUUGGCGAUUUCAGCGUCAGCCAGGUUUUUGAGGAUGAUAACGAUGAGCUUCGCCGCUCUCCUGGAACUCCUGUUUUUACUGCACCAGAGUGCUGUUUAGGUCUAACAUACGGUGGCAAAGCAGCUGACACGUGGGCCGUGGGAGUUACAUUGUACUGUAUGCUAUUCGCUAAAUACCCAUUUCUUGGUGACACUCUGCAGGAUACAUAUGACAAGAUUGUUAACAACCCUUUAUCUCUUCCUGAUCAUAUGAACCCCUUACUGAAGAACUUAAUAGAGGGGUUACUCUGCAAAGAUCCAAGAGAGAGGAUGACAUUAGGGGCCGUUGCAGAGCAUGCGUGGGUGAUUGGAGAAGAAGGGCCGAUCCCUCAGUAUUUAUGUUGGUGCAAGCGCAAGAGGUUGGAGAGAGAAGGAUCUGAUGAUGGGAGCAGAAGCGACAAUCAGGCUCAUUCGGACAUAUCUGUUUAACUUGUUGGAUUGGAUUUGUUUUUUGUACAGUCUAAAGCUAGGGUUUUUGACUCUGGCUAAUGACGUAAACAUAUGAAGACCUAAUAAAAAAAUAAUAAUUAAAAAUACAAAAAAAGAAAAAAGGAAAAAAAGAAUGAAAAUGGCAUGCAAGUAAACAAUUCGGAACAUAAGGUUGUGUGUGGUUGAUUACUGACCAAUGCUUGUAGUUGAUACCGAACGCCAAGGAAAUGAGUAGGCAGAUCAAGAUAUACCCUUUUCACUCCUGAGUCCUAACAUGCUUAAUUUCAAUCAGAUUCUGAGGGUGUGGUUUUGUGUUAUAGCUUGUAAAGUACAAGAAUUGUGGGAGACAAUUUUCAAAAUCUUCUUUGCCACUAUUAUUUGCUGAUCUUUUUGUGUUUUUCUGAAAUUUCCAUUAGCCAAUGGAAAAAAGUGGAAACUCAUUCUCAGGA